UGAAGCAGCAGCAGUAACACAGCUCCAAUGUGCUCUGAGGGCAGCGACAUCAAACUGUCAUUACGGCACCUGCUUUGGUAGCGGUCGUUUGAUAGCCUCCUAGAGUAGAGAGAGAAAAACGAGGACACUGAUACAGGGUAGAGUGUGAGAGACUGCGAGAUAAGUGAGGGGAUAUAGCCAGCCUACACAACAGGGACCUCAAUACAAUUAAUCCAAUGGACGUGAUGCUUAUACUGAUAAGAAUUGCGCUCUUGGGCUUCAUCUGCCUGUUUCUAGCAUCCGCUGGGUUGGCCUGUGGUCCAGGCAAGGGAUAUGGAAAACAAAGACAUCCGAAAAAACUGAAGCCUUUGGCUUACAAGCAGUUCAUUCCCAACGUGGCGGAGAAGACCCUUGGGGCCAGUGGCAAAUACGAAGGGAAGAUCACAAGGAACUCUGAAAGAUUUAAAGACCUGACACCAAACUACAAUCCUGACAUUAUUUUCAAAGAUGAGGAAAACACUAAUGCUGACAGACUUAUGACACAGAGAUGUAAGGACAAACUGAACUCUUUGGCUAUUUCAGUCAUGAAUCAGUGGCCGGGAGUGAAGCUGCGCGUGACAGAAGGCUGGGACGAGGAUGGACACCAUUUCGAAGAAUCUUUACACUAUGAAGGAAGGGCUGUAGAUAUUACCACCUCUGACAGAGAUAAGAGCAAAUAUGGAAUGUUAUCCCGGCUCGCGGUGGAGGCAGGAUUCGACUGGGUCAAUUAUGAAUCCAAAGCCCAUAUUCAUUGCUCUGUGAAAGCAGAAAAUUCAGUUGCCGCAAAGUCGGGUGGCUGCUUCCCUGGAUCCGCCUCAGUUCUCCUCGAGGAUGGUCGAAGCAAGCUGGUAAAAGAACUGGAGGUGGGCGACAAGGUGUUAGCAGCAGACAUAGAAGGAAAUAUUGUGUCCAGCGAUUUCCUCAUGUUCUUGGACCAAGAUCCAGUGUCAAGACGAGAAUUUUAUGUUUUUGAAACAGAGAAGCCCAACCGAAAGUUAAGACUGACCCCGGCUCACCUGGUCUUCAUCACCAGUAACGUUACGGAUGACGAUAUGACUGCAGUGUUUGCCAGUAAUGUAAAACCUGGGCAACAGGUGUUUGUUGUGGACGAGGCCGUAGACCACCUGAAGGCAGUCACUGUGGAAAGGAUUUACGUGGAAGAAUACGAGGGAUCUUAUGCCCCAGUAACCUCACAAGGAACCAUCAUAGUUGACCAUGUUUUGGCGAGCUGUUACGCGGUAAUCGAGGACCACAAAUGGGCGCACUGGGCCUUUGCGCCAGUCCGGUUGGGGCACGCGUUGAUGUCCUUCACAGAUCUAGUCAAAAAGCGCGAGGACAUACGUCAGAGAGAUGGAAUACACUGGUACUCAGACAUUCUAUACCACAUAGGGACAUUGCUGCUGGACAGAAACUCCUUCCAUCCUCUUGGAAUGUCCCAAAGUUGAGACUUGAGUCGUUUUUAUUUGUCCAUUUCAAAGACACAAAUGAAUGCUCUUAAAGAUGGAAAUACUUUUGGGCACUGGAGCCAUACAUGUAUAUUCUUAUUUAUUCUCUUAUGUUUUCCUCCUAUCAUGAACCAGUCGAAUUUAGUCGUCUAGGAUAGUGUGAACAAUCUGUGAAGAAUUUAUUUCUAAACAUUUGAGAAGAAAACUGUUGAUGAUCGUUAUGUGCAAAUGUGAACUGACUGUUAUAUUUUCUUGGAUGAACAUAGUGUUGCCUCAAUAAAUGAUGUUUUUAUACACUGAAACAUGUAGCCUGCAUGUCAACCUGAACAAAUAGCCUACAUUCUCACAUUUCGUUUUCUAAAAUGGACAUGGUUCAGCAACAGUGAAAUUAGUAAUCAUGUGAAAGAAGUGCCUUUAUGGUUGUAAACCCAUAAAUGCCAUAGCCGACUGAAAACGAUUAGACUAAUUCAGAAAGUGCAACAAACGUUGUAAGUCUUUAAUAUAAUAGCCUACAUUAGGCUUAUUUUGCCAAAUACGUUUCAGAUUAAGCAUUGUUUAGAAUUCAAUAUCACUAUAUGCAUCUCAACCUCUGUCCACUCAGAAUUGGGCACUGUCAGAAAUAUGUCUGUGCCUGCUUCUUCUCAAUCAAACCAUGGAGCAACUGGAGCCUCUGGUGGCCAUUAACCACCUAUAUCAUCUGAUCUGAUCAAAGCUACCACUUUGACCCUGCAAGAAAGCACCUGUUCUAUAUAAGAGUAGGCCUUCAGAUAUUAGUUAUAUUUUACAUUUAGUCAAUCAUAUUCUCACUUCCUUUCUUGGUCUUUCAUAAUGGCUCUCAAAUACUGAAUUAAUAAAGCCGAGAGAAUGAAUCA